CAAACCGCUCGUAGCCCCGCCCCCUGUGAGCCUUUAUAAGCGAGCGGCUCCGCUGCUGCGUCACACACUGCUUCCAACUGCCGAUCCUUGAACGUCGGAGAGAAGGAGACAGACAGAUCAAAAUGCGUGAGUGUAUUUCUAUGCAUGUGGGCCAGGCCGGAGCCCAGAUGGGCAAUGCAUGCUGGGAGCUCUACUGCCUGGAGCACGGCAUCCAGCCGGACGGCCAGAUGCCCAGUGACAAGACGAUCGGAGGGGGAGACGACUCCUUUAACACGUUCUUCAGUGAGACGGGGUCUGGGAAGCACGUCCCCAGAGCCAUCUUUGUGGAUCUGGAGCCCACCGUGAUUGAUGAAGUCCGUACAGGAACUUAUCGGCAGCUCUUCCAUCCUGAACAGCUGAUCACCGGCAAGGAGGACGCAGCCAACAACUACGCCAGGGGCCACUACACGGUCGGCAAGGAGAUCAUCGACCUGGUUCUGGACAGGACGCGCAAACUGGCUGACCAGUGCACCGGUCUGCAGGGCUUCCUGAUCUUCCACUCAUUCGGUGGAGGAACCGGCUCCGGCUUCACCUCUCUGCUGAUGGAGCGUCUCUCGGUGGACUACGGAAAGAAGUCCAAGCUGGAGUUCGCCGUGUACCCGGCUCCCCAGGUGUCCACGGCGGUGGUGGAGCCGUACAACUCCAUCCUCACCACCCACACCACCCUGGAGCACUCGGAUUGUGCCUUCAUGGUGGACAACGAGGCCAUCUACGACAUCUGCCGCCGCAACCUGGACAUCGAGCGCCCCUCCUACACCAACCUGAACCGCCUCAUCGGCCAGAUCGUGUCGUCCAUCACGGCGUCGCUGCGCUUUGACGGCGCGCUCAACGUGGACCUGACGGAGUUCCAGACCAACCUGGUGCCGUACCCGCGCAUCCACUUCCCUCUGGCCACCUACGCGCCCGUCAUCUCGGCCGAGAAGGCCUACCACGAGCAGCUGUCGGUGGCCGACAUCACCAACGCCUGCUUCGAGCCCGCCAACCAGAUGGUGAAGUGCGACCCGCGCCACGGCAAGUACAUGGCCUGCUGCCUGCUGUACCGUGGCGACGUGGUGCCCAAAGAUGUCAACUCGGCCAUCGCCACCAUCAAGACCAAGCGCUCCAUCCAGUUCGUGGACUGGUGCCCCACUGGCUUCAAGGUGGGCAUCAACUACCAGCCGCCCACCGUGGUGCCGGGCGGAGACCUGGCCAAGGUGCAGCGCGCCGUCUGCAUGCUCAGCAACACCACGGCCAUCGCCGAGGCCUGGGCGCGCCUCGACCACAAGUUCGACCUGAUGUACGCCAAGCGGGCCUUCGUCCACUGGUACGUGGGCGAGGGCAUGGAGGAGGGCGAGUUCUCGGAGGCGCGGGAGGACAUGGCGGCCCUGGAGAAGGACUACGAGGAGGUGGGGACGGACAGCGUCGGCGACGAAGACGAGGGCGAAGAGUACUGAACGCACCGACUCAUUUUUAUCAUGUUUGUGCCUUAAAACAAAUAAAGCUGAUCUGAAAUCUGA